AUUCAAUUGUUAUUGUUAAUUCAAUAUAGAUUUAGUAAUUAACUAUGAUUUGCAAUUUGUGUAUGAAUAAUUGUAAUAAAUUUGAAAAUUUAACAACUGAAGCUGUUUACAAAUUAACAAUACAAUAUUUUGAAGCUGAGCUUAUAAAUGAUACCAAUACGUCUUCCAAUGUAAUUUGCGAAUAUUGUUGGUUACAUAUAACGGACUUUAAUAGCUUUCAAGAAAAUGUGAGGAAAUGCCAUGAGGAAAAGUGCAAGACUCAGAUCACUAAAGGAUUUGAGCAGGAGGAAGUGGUUUUUCCCUUUGUUUCUGUAUUUAAUAGUUAUGAAGUAAAUGUUAAAAGUGAUCCAGAUGAAAUUCCGUACGAUAAUGACCAAAAUAUUCCAACUGAACAACAACAAAUGAAAGUGGAAAACUAUGAAAAUUCUAACCACGAUAAUGUAUUAGAAAAUCAAAUAAAUAUUUUGGACACUGAAAAAUCGGUCAUUGAAAAUAAAAUAAAAAAAUCAAGUAGAGUACAAAAUUUAUCCAAGCAAUCUAACAAAAUCUCCAGUCUUAAGAAGAAAACAAAAAAUACUAAAACACAUCAAAAUACAGACGCCAAAGUCUCUGAUGCCAUUAAAAAGUUAACAACAAAAGAUAAAAGCAUAAAAUUAAAACGAAAAAUUACUUUAGAUGAAGAUGCAUUUAUUACUUCCUGGAAAUUGGAAUUACAAUGUGAAAUAUGUCAAACUGCGUGUAAAACCUUUAGGGAUAUAAGAGCGCACUUUCGUGAACAACACAGCGACGAAAAGGCUUAUGUGACGUGUUGUCAACAAAAAUAUUAUCAUCGUUUUCAUCUAGUCGACCACUUACAGGUGCACUUAGAUCCUAAAUACUUUAAAUGCCCUAAAUGUGAGAGAUGUUGCAUAAAUCGUCGUAGCCUUGUAAAUCACAUAAAAAACAAACAUUCCACAGAUAACACGGAUCGUAAAUUCGAGUGCAAUGUUUGUCACAAAUUCUUCGCAAAAUUAGCGAUCCUACGCGAACAUGCAAGUAUACACGCCACAGGAAACAAAGACUUCGUUUGUUCUUAUUGCAAUAAAGGUUUCGUUUUGGAAUCGAAGCUGAGAAUUCACAUACGUAACGUGCACACUAAAAACAACUGCGUUUGUGAAAUUUGUGGCAAAUGGUUUCGUCAUCAAUAUGCCUUAAAAAAUCAUAUGUCAAAACAUGAUGAAAGCAGUGGCGCCAAGCUGAAGUGGCAAUGCAAUCAGUGCAAUGCUGUCUUGAGCACAAAAUUCAGUUUAGGUAGACAUAUACGUGUGGCACAUCAUGAUGGUUCCACUGCAUAUAUAUGCGCUGAAUGUGGAAAAGUUUCGUUAAACAAAGAGGCACUUCGAGCUCAUAAAAAAUAUGUGCACGAAAGUGAACGUAAAUUUAAAUGCAAUAUUUGUGAUAAAGCCUUUAAGGUAUCCGGAGUGCUUAAGGAGCAUAUGUCAACACACACUGGUCAAGAUUUAUAUCAAUGUCCCCAUUGCCCAAAAACUUUCAAAGUCAGCUCGAAUAUGCAUCAUCACCGUAAAAAAAUGCAUCCAAAAGAAUGGGCUGAAAAUCGUCAACAUCGAGCGCCACCUACUGUUAUUGAUCAAAGUCGCAUUCUUAAUGAAGUUGUGCUUUGAUUGUAAUAGAUUAUUUAUGAAUAAAACAAACGCUAUUAAAAUAUCAGGUUAAAAUUUAAUAAUUAU